AUGUCGGAUGAUUGGGAGCAAGAAGACUUCGAGCCUACAAUUGUACCCGGAGUGGUAGUGUCGGCAACAGAUAAAUGGGAGGGAGAGGAUGAAGAAGAGGACGUCAAGGACAACUGGGAAGAUGAAGGAGAAGAAGAAAAGAAACCAGAGGAAUCUGAAGAAAGUAAAUCUGCUCAGACAGCAUAUCAGCGGCCUAAGAAGAAACCAUUGGCAGAGCGAAUAGCAGAGAAGAGUAAAGUAAAGCAAGAGGAAGACAAACAGGAAAAAGAGCUAACAGCAGAGGAGAAGUUAGCAGAGAAAAUUCGCAUACAGAAAAUUCAAGAAGAAGCAGAUUUAAAGUUGGCCAAGGGGCUUUUUGGUGUCGGUGAUAGUCAAACAGGCAUUGAUGGCAUGUACCCUGAAACAAAGGAACAGUUUGACCAGUUUGGGGAUGCAUUGAAAGCAAAGAUUACAUUUUUUGAGACUAGCAAGUUUUACUCCGCUUUUGUAGAAAAACUAAUUCAAGAUAUUUCUUUAACAUUGCCAGCAGAUGACAUUAAGAAGAUUGGUAUAACACUCAACACUUUGUAUCAUGAAAAGGAAAGACAAAGAAAAGAACAGGCAAAGAGUCAAAAGAAGAAAAAGGUGAAAGCUUCAAUCAGAGUGGACAAGGCUGAUGACCUGGGCUUAGUAGAUGUGGCAACGGCAGGAGCAUACUACGACGAGGAUGAUGACUUCAUAUAG